CCCCCCAGCUCCGUGAUGGGGCUGGGAGCGCUCCAGCCUCCACUCGGGUCCUGGGUUGGGGCUGAGCUGGGGGCUGAGCUCCCCCAGUGCCGGAGGAGACCGUGGGGCUUCCCCACCUCGGGCGCCUCUUCCGUACACGCGGCUCUUUGCGAGACUCGGGGCAGCGUGCUCGGGAAUGAAGCGUAUGCUGUGGUCCGGGGCUGGAUUUCCCUUCCUUGUAAAGCGGCAUUCCUGCUGGCGUUUGGGUACUCGUUGAAAUUGUCUCCUCUCAUAGAAAAAAUAAGUGACCACAAGGAUUUUAAGAAGCUUCUCAGGACACGAAACAACGUACUAGUGCUGUAUUCCAAAUCUGCUGCUGCUGCGGAAAGCUCACUCAGGUUACUGUCCAGUGUGGCCCAGGAGGUGAAAGGACGAGGUACUAUAAGCUGGAUAGACUGUGGUGACACUGAAAGCCGAAAAUUAUGCAAGAAGAUGAAAGUAGAUCCUAAUUCAAAGGAGAAAGGAGUGGAAUUACUCCAUUAUAAGGAUGGUGCAUUUCAUACUGAAUAUAACAGAGCUGUCACGUUGAAGUCUAUGGUGGCCUUUCUCAAGGAUCCAGAAGGUGCUCCAUUGUGGGAAGAGGAUCCUGAAGCCAAAGACAUUGUGCAUGUUGACAGUGAAAAGGAAUUACGAAGGCUUCUGAAGAAGGAAGAUAAACCCCUUCUGAUGAUGUUCUAUGCCCCAUGGUGUGGUGUUUGUAAGAGAAUGAUGCCAUCUUUUCAGCAGGCAGCCACAGAACUGAAGGGAAAAUAUGUUCUUGCAGGAAUGAACAUUUACUCUGCUGAAUUUGAAAGGAUAAAGGAAGAAUACAAUGUCCGUGGAUAUCCUACAAUCUGCUAUUUUGAGAAAGGAAAGUUCCUGUUCCACUUUGAGAACUAUGGUGCUACUGCGGCAGAUAUAGCAGAGUGGCUGAAAAACCCGCAGGCACCUCAGCCACAGGCUCCGGAGAUUCCCUGGGCAGAUGAGGAAAAUGUAGUUUAUCACCUGACCGAUGAGGACUUCGACAAGUUUAUAAAAGAUCAUUCAUCUGUCCUAGUGAUGUUCCAUGCACCAUGGUGUGGACACUGUAAGAAAAUGAAGCCAGAAUAUGAGAAGGCUGCAGAGUUUCUUCAUGCAGGCAGUGAUAGCCCAGGUGUCCUUGCAGCAGUAGAUGCUACUGUCAACAAAGCACUGGCAGAAAGAUACCACAUCUCAGGGUUUCCUACUGUGAAGUACUUUAAGGAUGGAGAAGAGAAAUACACUCUGCCACACCUCAGAACGAAGAAGAAGAUCAUCGAUUGGCUGCAGAAUCCUGAAGCACCACCUCCACCUGAGCCUGCAUGGGAAGAAAAACAGAGCAGUGUUAUCCAUCUUGCUGGAGAAGACUUCAGGGAGUCCUUGAAGAAAAAGAAGCACACUCUUGUCAUGUUCUACGCACCGUGGUGCCCUCACUGUAAAAACGCCAUUCCACAUUUUACAACUGCUGCCGAAGUCUUUAAAGAAGAUCGAAAGAUCGCCUACGCUGCGGUGGACUGUGCCAAAGAUCAGAACCACGACUUGUGCAAGCAGGAGGGAGUUGAUGGCUACCCCACCUUCAACUAUUACAACUACGGGAAAUUUGUGGAAAAAUAUACUGGGGAGAGAGGGGAGGCUGGAUUCACCACUUUCAUGCGAACCCUUAGAGAAAGAGACCAUGAGAGGGUAGGAAAGAAGAAGGAUGAAUUGUAAUGUCUGCCUCAAAAGAAGCUUUCCGCUGCACUGUGAAUGGUUCCAGGUCUUUUGUUAAUGCACCUGAGACUUCACAUGUUCUCAAGACAGAGACUUUUUUUUUAUAAACAGCCAUGGCCAUUUUGUACAAUUUUGAAAUAAAGUGAAACCACUUGAUUUUUAAAAGGAAAACAAAAACAAAAUACCAACAAAUUGGAAUGUUGCCAUAAUGUUUUAAAGAAAAAAAAACUUAAGCAUUUUCUCUCAUGUUGUGAGACUGUGCCCACUGACGCUCCUAUGCAAUAUUUUUGUAGUCUAUAGUGUGUCUGUGGGUGUUUGAUAAGGUGAUUUUUUUACAGGUAUUGCAGCACAUGUUUAACAAACCAACAAUGGGGGGGGGGGGAGGGGAGGGAGUAGAUGGCCCUUUUUAAAGAAACAAAACCAAACUGAAGGGAAGUGGGACUUGCAAGACACAAAUGAUCCAAAUGCAGCUUCACGUUCUUUUGAAAUAGUUAUGUGUUCUUCUUUUUCUCUGGGGGAAACAAUAUUGAGGUGCUCAGGGAUAAGUAAGGUGUUGGAGUUAAUGAAGACGUCGUCAUUGGCCAAUCCACAUCUGUUGAUUUCAUUUCAAUCUCUCUACCAAGACUGUUUACAUACCUCUAUAGAAUGUAUUGAUUUAGUUGAGCCAAGUAUCAAAAACCUACAGAGCAUGGGUAGAAUUAAACUAAGCCCUCCUUUUUGACAUCAGUAUUGUCAAAUGCCUCUGUAUGUUAUGGUAGAAGCAAUGACCUUAUGGGAUAUACAGUUACCCUUGUAGGGUAUGCAGCCUCCCUUCAAGUUUUGACUGGGCCAUCUGAAACAUUUGUUGGAAAAUGUGUUACAUUUAAAUGUUUUGAUAAAUGCGUACUACUUCUGGUAAUGCAGUAAUUACAUACGUUCAUGUUUACAUACCAAAAGUUUAUCCACAUUUGUAUGUUGAAGAGUUCCUUUCUGCUCAUGGAGGAGUUGCACACACAAUCUCUUAGACAAAAGCACCCUUGUAAAAGCUGCCAUAGCAGCAGUUGACUUGUUAACACCUGAUGUUUUUAAAAAAGAAAGGCAUUUUCUGGAGCUACAUAUGCCUUUCAUAGGAGGGCAGCAAGAGAGGCAAGAAGUUGUGAUUUACUACAAAUAAAUCUGACAAAGGAAAGUCGCUUUUAUUGUUGAUCAGCCUUGUUCAGAUUCUUCUGUGUUGGGUUGUCCGAGAGCUCCUCAGUCUGCCUGUUUCAUUUUCUGUUUCGAAUGUUUGAAGGUGCAGUUAAUGGACAGCACAUCACUGUGCUGCCUAGGAUGUGCGUGGCAACUCACAUCCAUUCUGCAUCUAUUUUUGCCUGUUCUCUCACCCAGUGAAUGGCCCUGUGCAUUUGGCGCUCAUUAGACUGCUGAAGCCAGUAGUGAGUAAUCUGGAAUACCAGUAGCCUGAUGGCCUUGUAUGGUAGCCAGCUUGUUAACCGUGACUUAAAUAUAAAAGUGGUGGAGCUGUGCCAAGUAUUUUCUCUUUUUAGGCACCUUCAUUCACUCCAUUCAAUCAGCUGUCCGGUCAUACCUAAUAUCCUGGGGUGAAAAGAGCUUAAUUUAUUCAGAGUCUUACUGUUGUUGUUUUUUUCUUUCCUGUUAGCAAGAUGCUUCAUUUUGCGUUCAGUGCUUUUGCAUUAAAAGUCAUGAUAGUUUUCUCCAAGCCAGCCUUGUGCUUGGCAGCAUGUGUUCCACCCUGCACUUAACAAGUAAUGUGUACUGAUUCCAUUGGAUAUGAAACAAGAAUUUCUUUGCUUACCGGCAGACAACUGAGAACGAUAGUGCAGAACUUCCUGCAAUGUUUUUGAUCACAGAGUCAAAGCAGCUGGCACUAAGGAAGGCAAAUAGUCUCCAGAACCGCUUGUAGGCUGUGCCUGUGUUUGUGCUAAUUGCUGAGAAACGUGGGCUUCUUCUGAAGGGGAGAAAAUAAAUCAUCGCUUGCCAAUGGUGACAUCACUUGUCAGCAUCGUUCUGAAUUGCAGGCUUUAGUUAAUGUUUAGGAUAGGACAAUUACACACUGUGCCUCAGACCCGUAAUUCCUUACAGCCGGUUACACCAUAAUAAAAUUUAAAUGAAGGA